AUGAAGGUGACUUCGUGUCGGCCGAAUUUACGCUUGACCGUCAUCGCCUCAGGAUGUUGUCGUGCGCCGUUACUAGGCAGACGGGAUGCACGACGUAUCAUCGCCAGGAACCUCUCGUCGAGCGUCCGCAUCAUUGAAGUUGGUCCUCGUGAUGGGCUGCAGAACAUCAAGUCCAAGGUGCCGCCGUCUGUCAAGGUCGACCUGGUCAACCGCUUGGCCGCAGCGGGCUUAACGGAUAUCGAGGCGACUUCCUUUGUAUCUCCAAAAUGGAUACCACAAUUGUCCGAUGGCGAGCAAGUCAUGGAUCAGAUAAUGCCUCUGACGGAACAGAAGCCUGUCCGGCUCUCGUUUCUUACGCCUAAUCUCAAAGGCUUCGAGAGGGCUCUUGCGGCGGGCGCGAAGGAGAUGGUUGUCUUUGCAUCUGCAACAGAAGCUUUUAGCAAGUAG